GUGCAGCGAUUGUACAGUGAGAAUAUAAAUCCAGAAAUCCGGCGAUGAAAGAGAAUAAAGUGAUGUAUAGAAACCAAAGAGUUAGUGUCAGUAUAUUUGUAUCUGUAUGAUUUCCUAACGGACACCAGCCGUGCACAUAGACCUUCGCUGAGAGGGACAUCCAAGGUUUGGUGCGGGAUCCCCCAGUCAAGCAGGCUUGACUUGUACCUUGCUGUCCAAAGCACUCCUUGCACCUCUGCUGUACCCAUUCGUGUGAGUUUUGCCCAAGAUGGCUCCCUCGCUGCGCACCGCCGUGUCCCGGCGCUGGUGGAUGGCCGUGACGGCGGUGAUCGAGAACCUCAUCUUCUCGGCCGUGCUGCUGGGGUGGGGCUCGCUGCUCAUCAUGCUCAAGUCCGAGGGCUUCUACUCUUACCUGUGUGUGGAGGCUGACAACAGCUCCAGCCUGAACCAGUCCUCUGUGUCCAUGGAGGAGGGAGACGUGGAUGCGGCCGUGCAGGAGAAGCCCAAGGAGGAGGAGAUGCUGCGCCUCAACGGCUGGCUGAUCUGCAAGGAGCAGGACGAGAUGCUGAACCUGGCCUUCACCGUGGGCUCCUUCCUGCUCAGCGCCAUCACCCUGCCCCUCGGCAUCGUCAUGGACAAGUACGGCCCUCGCAAGCUGCGACUGCUGGGCAGUGGCUGUUUUGGCUUCUCCUGCCUGAUGAUUGCCUAUGGAGCAAGCGACCCAAACAACCUGUCAGUCCUCAUCUUCUUCGCUCUGGCCCUGAACGGCUUCGGAGGGAUGUGCAUGACCUUCACGUCGCUGACACUUCCAAACAUGUUUGGUGACCUUCGCUCCACGUUCAUCGCUCUCAUGAUCGGCUCCUACGCCUCCUCCGCUGUCACCUUCCCCGGAAUUAUGGUGAUCUACAACUUCGGCGUGGCCCUCAUCACCAUCCUCCUGGUGUGGGCCGGGGGUGCCGGCCUCGUCUUCAUCAACUGCUUCUUCAACUGGCCCCUGGAGCCUUUCCCCGGCCCAGAGGACAUGGACUACACUGUCAAGAUCAAGUUCAGCUGGCUGGGCUUUGACCACAAGAUCACAGGCAAGCAGUUCUACAGGCAGGUGACCACCGUGGGCAGGCGGCUGAGCGUGGGCAAUUCCCUGAAGCAGCACCCCAAAGACCUGGCCACUCAGGAGGGCAACAAGCUGUGUCUCUCCACCGUGGACCUGGAGGUCCAGUGCAAGGGCCAGGAAGAGAGGCAGUCCUUCGGGAAGAGCAUCUUCAGUCCCAUCUUCAUGCUGAGCCUGAUCACCAUGUGUGUCACCCAGCUGCGCCUCAUCUUCUACAUGGGAGCCAUGAACAGCAUCCUGGAGAACCUCACAGACAACGACAUCACCACAGUGAGUAUGUACACCUCCAUCUUCGGCGUGCUGCAGCUGCUGUGCCUGCUGACUGCCCCGGUGAUCGGUUACAUCAUGGACUGGAAGCUGAAGGAGUGCGAGGACGGCGAUGAGAAGGGCCUUAGCAAGGACCCCAGUCAGCCUAAGCGGCGUGACCGGACGAUCCAGAAGAUCACCAACGCCACGCGGGCCUUCAUCUUCACCAACCUGCUGCUGGUCGGCUUCGGCUUUACCUGCCUCAUCCCCAACCUGCACCUGCAGAUCCUGUCGUUUGUUUUGCACACCAUCGUCAGGGGUUUCAUCCACUCUGCAGUCGGGGGUCUGUAUGCUGCUGUCUAUCCUUCCUCUCAGUUUGGCAGUCUGACUGGUAUGCAGUCUCUCAUCAGCGCCCUGUUCGCUCUGCUCCAGCAGCCGCUCUUCAUGGCCAUGAUGGGUCCAUUAGAGGGAGACCCACUCUGGGUGAACGUGGGCCUGCUGGUGGUCAGCAUGCUGGGCUUCUGCCUACCCCUCUACCUCCUCUGCUACAGCCGCCAGCUCCGCCGCGAGAAGAGGGAGCGCGAGGACGACCCCAAGCUCUACGUCAAGAUCACCAACGCCGGCGGCACCACCACCAACGGUGACCUCAACGGCACCACCACACCCGAGAUCAACGGUGUGAACGGUCUUCAUACCACCGACGAAGUUACAGACGUUAAAGGUAUUAAUGGCACCAAUGGCGACGCCAACGGCGCCCACGGUAUGAACGGCGUCAACGGUGUUAACGGUGUCAAUGGUACGGCCAAUGGCAUCCAUGGCACCGCCGACGAGGUCAAUGGCACCGCAGGCAACAACCACCAGGACUCUGUUUAAAAAGUCAGAGAUGCAGAGAUGAAGAGAGUGAGUGAGUGAGUGAAUGAGAGAGGAUGGACGGAGCGAACGAAAGGGUGAGAGGAGAAGGAUUGAGAGGGUGGAAGGGAGAGAAAGGUGCUUGAGGCCUUGUGUUGAUUAUUAUUACAUUACAUUAUUAAUGUAAAGUGUAAUGUAAUGGUACUCUUGUUAUUAUCACCUACCUACCCUGGCCCUCAAUUCCCGCUGCCGUUCACCCUCUCCCACUCAGACGGACACUGCUUACAUUCCUGCUUACACACCAACAAGUGCACACGUACACACAUGCUCACACACACACAUACAACUGACAUGUUCUCAAGCAGACACAGGCAUACUGCUUCAAUACCACUGAGAAUGCAGUAUGUGCGCAACACAGCAGUGUGACUCUUCCGAGGUUUUACAAUCAAGUUGCUUUCUCGACCAAGAGAUACACAUAUUACACUCGAUUCACAUGCUCGGAAAAAAAGAGACUAAAUAACACACACACACACACACACACACACACACACACACACACACACACACACACACACACACACACACACACACACACACACACACACACACACACACACACACACACACACACAAUGUUCACUGUGAAACACGACACAAGCGAUGACACAUGAUGACACGAACCCAGAACCACGUCCUCUCCUCAAUCCAAACCAAGUCCCCAAUUGCCCCUUACGCGACAGAAGAGAGCACUCAGCCGCGAGAUGCCAUGAGAUCUUGCCAUCACAGGAAGAGCAGCAUUCCUAGUGCUCAUGCAGCAGAACGGACACGAGACCCAAGGCCACACCGUACAGUGCAGAGCAGAGCAGAGGGCACAUGGCGUGGGUCACAACAACAACAACAGACUAUCAGAUUUUCAAGACCUUGGUCCCUACUACAUCCUUCAGUGUUGUCGAAGCUCGUGAAGCCUGCCACUCCACACACCUGGCAUGUUAUUGGUUGUUUUCUGUGAUAUCUGUUAUGUGUCACUGAGUAUGUUAACGUGCCAGCUGUCCAAGAUGGCUGGACGCGCACGACGGCGGUCAGAUGUUACACUCCGAUAACGACUCGGACUUUACACCCUCUUCACCCUGAAGUGUUUUAUAGUGAUUGUCAUAACGUCACUUAUCACGGUUAUGGUGAACUUUGCCAAAACAUACGUUUUAUGUGUUGCGUUCUCGUGAACACCCCACUGCCUCAGCUGACUGCUGGAGGUCAAGUGCAGGUUGCUCCGACACAAAAAAUGAAGUGAAGUGGAGAACAAAACAAACAAAAAAGGGGCAUUAGUAGGUGUAGUUUGGGUAUUUUACGCUCUGGUGUUUACACACUUUCACAUAACAGGUGUUUUAAAGAAAAAACUGCAUGCUUUGAGCUUCUUGGCAGAUUUUUGCUGCAUCCUUUGCCUGAGAGAGUACUUGCGCUUUGACAAAAGAGCAAAGGGCAAAAUAAAAACCCUGAACAGAUGGGCAACAACUCUCAAAUGUGCGAAUUUGGAAUGUUGUUGUGUGUCCAAGAAGUUAUGAAGACCUUCAAGCUAUUUCAUUGCCUCCCAGUAAAUGUUCCCAUGCUAGGGGUGAUGGGGGAAGGCUGUCUUUGUUUGGGGCAGACAUUUUAGGAAUAACCAAGGCAGAGAAAAAGGAUACACAUGUCUUGGGGAUGGAUGGAGGGAUUGACUAUUUCAUUAUACAAUAGUGUCGUUUGCGAAUACUUUACAGGGAGAUGAAAUUCUGGGUUUACUUUUACCCAAAGCUUUUAUCACAAAGCAUGGCAUAGAGUGAACUUCUCACCAGCAAUAAUGUCUGACGAUGACACACAACUUGCACAGCUAAAAGACAAGUAUCAAUCAUUAGUCAUUUCUCCCGACCACUCAAUCAUUGCCAUACUACUGGUUGUUUUUUUGCUGAUGCUAUAGCGUUACUGUUAUUUUAAUGUUAUUUUCAUUGUUUUUUAUUUUUUGUGUAUGUGUUUUUCACCAGAUGAGGCAUCUGGUAUUUUACAGUAAUAAUUUCAUCCAAGGUGUUUUACCUGCAAUAUGAUCCCGUUCAAGCUUUCUUCUGUCUGACAACAAUGCGUGUUAUUUUUAAAAAAAGAUAAAAAUCGAAGAUGUUCUACACAUUAAAGACGUUUCAAAGUAAGAGUUAGUCUGAGGACAAGGACAACCCUUUGCCGCCAUCUCUCCAUAGUUCUGCAUUAUUCUAUUGGAGGUUACAGAUGUUAGGAUUUGAUGUAGCAAUAAGUGCUUCUGUGAGCCGCCUGGAUAUAGUUUACAGUGCUGGUAUCCACUACCACUGUCUUACAACCUCAAGUGCAUACACAGAAGCAUGCCUGCUAUGUAAAGGCAGAACAGGUCUAAGGUUUUGUGUAUUUGCAUAAGAAGAUGUAGAUUUUCUCAUCAUCUGAAUGGUGCUUAUUUUUUUUAGCAAUCCCAGGUCUAAUAACAACACAUGCUCUUUGUACAGUGCUCAAGCUAAAAGGGGUUAUCAGUUCUCGUUCCUUUUAUACUGAGAGCCCAAAUUCAUGUUUCAGAUGAAACAUACUUGAAGAAACUUGAAUAUUAUAUAUAUAAACAAUCAGAAGAAAAGGGAGCUGAAAAUAAAGAUGCAUGAAUAUCUGCAUUUAUUUCUUGAUGCGCUGCACACUGCUGUACUCGUGAGGUUGAAAUACAGUGUUCAGUGGAAGCACAUAAAAGGUGUCGCUCCUGAAAAGCCAACAGGCAGCAGGAAGUAGUUUACUCAACUGUAACUCACAGAAGCGCUUCCAAAGACGGCUGUACAGAAGUGUCAAACGUGUUACAUGGAAGAGUGCCAUUGCAAAGGUUUUUUUUGUCCGCCCCAGGCCACUCUCCACUGUCCACCCAUAUUUUAAACCAUGGUCAGGCCCUAGUGGUGUCUUUGUCCCCUCACACAGUGGUGCGUAGGCCUACACGUCCCCACUGGACCUGUUUUCCUGCAGCUGACUCAAGGCCAGUGCAGUGCAGUGCGGAGUGGUACCCGUGCCGAGGGUACCAGUCACCACCCAGCAGAUCUCGUGUGAAUAAAAGAGAGACGAGAAUGGCACAAACAAACGCACUUUAAUAUCUCACCAAGUGUCCGAUACUACUUCCUUUUUUGUCCCAAUUGAUGUCUCGUGAUGAAUGUCAUUACUUGUUGUUACGCACAGUCAGAAGCCUUCAGGUAAUUAGGUGAGAUAUACUAGACAACAAAAUAUGGAUUAUGCGAAAUGUUUGUUAUUUUUGUAUUCACAGAGAAAAUACAGUUGUAUGCUUGCGCUCUCCAUCAACACGCACGCACGCACGCAACCAAGCACGCACGCACGCACACACACACACACACACACUUUUUCUAUUCACAUAGUUCCUUCAUGUUCAGGUCAUCGGCCCUUAUCUUAAAUCAACAAGCGUGUGGGGGAAGCAUUUUCCUGUCGCACUCUCGCUGUCAUUCUCUCUCUCUCUUUUCCCGUCACGUGCACUGCACACCCUCGUGAGUCUGCACAGAAGAAACAGGUCAAGUCAAUCGCAACCACUUACCCAGGACCCAUAGCCUCUAUACUUCUAUUGCAUGAUAAGUUGUGGACGAAUUGGACUGUGUAGGUUAGCAUGCAUGUGUCCCAGAAGGACAGCUUUAACUAGCUUGAACAUGCCUAGACAUUGCAGGUGAAAGAAAAGAAAUUAAAAGAGAAAAAUGAUGCAGUACUGUACUCCGGCGCUAUGAAUGUGGGUUUAUGGUUUUCAUUCCCUCAGAAAUGGGAGAUUCAGCACUUUUUUCACUGCCAUACCUUAAAUGGUCACCCUCUUUUUUUUUUUUU